CAACAAUACAAACAAAACAAAACCCAUUUCAUCAUUCCAAAUUAUAAUUCUGUGUUGUGUGUUGUUUUGGAACUGCGUAGAAAAUUUGUUUAAUGAAAAAUGAGUAAGAAAAUUGAUCACCCAGAGCUGCGUGCACAGCUAAAAACUCUGAAUAACAAAGAAUUGCAUUACAAGUGCGUGGAAUAUGGCAUGAAUGUACCAGUUGCCGACUCAACACGCGACGUCAUCAUACGCAAAUUAAUCAAAUCGAUCACCGGUGACUCAAAUGUAGCAUCGUCCAAGGGCAGCAAAAAACAAGUUACUUCGCCAAGUGAACGACGUAAGACCGUGAAUGUAACUGUGCAUGUAUCCAGUGAUGAGGAAGAUGCGGGAAGACAAAUACAACGAUCCGCAAUUAAAAGUAAAACACGUACACAAUCCCCAAAAGGACACAAUGUAACAUUCGAUACAUCGUUGAGCAAUAAUCGUAGUAAUGUUACUGUUGCAACAGCAGAACCAAUGUAUAAAAAUGUUAAAAGUGCUGACACGAAUUCCAAUGUUGGAAUCGGAUUUGGCAACAGAGCAAGAAUUGUGCCUCUUGAAGUAAAUACUCCAAAUGAAAUAGAAUAUCUUCCCAGUGAUCUGGAUGAUGGAUAUAAAUCUACUUCAACUAAUUUGAAUUUUAGUCAAACUCGUACUUAUGGGGAAGAUCGGAGAGAAAUCCCUAUCAGUAGCUACAAAUCCUCAUUACCAAAUUUAGGUUUCAGCCAAACUCGCACUCUUAACACUACUUAUCAACAAAAUGACGCCCAAAUACCAAGGCAAGGUUUAUUUUCAACUCCUCAAGAAUAUAACAUCGGAUCUCCAAACAACUCUUUCAAUAUUGAAAAUAUGGCCAGUCAUUCAUCGACACUUGGUAGUAGUUUGGGUGGCAUAUCAUCUUACUCAAAAGAUCCAAUAUUCAAACGCCCGACAGCACUUUCUAAAUCGAAUGUAACUAAUACCUCUUAUAAUCAGGCUGAUGCUCAACGUUUAUAUCCUCGGUUACCAACUGAUUUGGCUACGUCCUCAUUCUAUACAGCCUCCAACCCGUCUACGCCGGAUUCUCAAAUGUCUACCAAUUCCAGUCGAGCGCCUUCUCUGACAAAAUCGGGGGUGAUGACGACUUCCUACUAUCAAGAAAUCACACCUGUAAAAGAAGUAAAGCAUUUUGAUGUAGCAAAUGAAGAAGAGACCUCAAUUGAUGGUGCCGGCGAUCAUAGCCGUAAGACAAUGCCUGCCACUACAAAUUACGAUCGAAAUACCUAUGUUGCCGGCAUGCAACGUGGCUCAGAAGCACACUCGCCGUUUGAACCCCAUAUGCAGCCCUCUUUCAACUUAUCCUCUCGCUAUUCAAGUGAUACUUUCAAUAAAGAAACAUAUAUUCCAAGUAAUACAUCACCCAACGCACAGUCAUCACCAAAAGUAAAACGCUACUCCACAACAGGACGAGCUAAUACUAGUUACACACGCAGCAUUGAUGAGCCCGAUAGUUUUUCGGAAGGAGAACAAUUGUCCGGUGAUGAGAUAUAUGUACAAGACAGUGAGGAGGAAGAAUACUUGGCUGGAGGUAAGAAAAUUUACAGCAGCUAUGGCAGUAAUAAAGUACAAGAGCGUGUUCCAUAUCGACGCAGCAACUCGGCAAGGUUGAGCGCAUCCCCCAGUCCACGUUACAGUUCAUCUGCAAUGGGACGGCACUCACUGAAUCACGACAAUGAGGACGACGAUGUUGAUGCAACGCUAAAGAACUUUCUAACAACAUUGGAUCGCAAAUAUCAUAUUAAACAAAUGCUAUAUAUGUUCGCCGUAUUCGCAAGUGCAGUAUUUAUAUAUGUAGUUUUCUUUGAGAAGACCCCCAUUGAUGAAGACUCUUGAUAUGUAGGCAAUGAUAAAAUGUGUAGGUUUCAGACUGGUCGCAAAAUAUUGCUAUAUUCAACUGACUAAUACGACAAAUAAGAAAUAUGUAAUUAAAGCUAAAUAUGCAAGUAAAAACUUCGAUUACCACAAUUUCAUGUAUUCAAAAUUGGUUACAGUAUAUUAUGUUAUGUGUAAUAAUCCAUUCGGUGUUUUGUAUAAAUAAAUUUAACUUUUGCAUAUGUGUUUAAAGGGAAAGUGGAAAAAACAUUUCGUUUAUCAAAUAAUCAUAAAUAAAUAACUGUAGUAAUGUAAAUAUAUUUUUAAAAAGAUACUCAAAUUCAAAUAAAUAAAUAUAAAUUAAGCGUGAAUAAAUGAGGGUGCAAAUUAUAGAUUUUUUUCAUUAUGCUCUUAUUUGCUGUUAAUUCUAUUUAAAUACAUUUAUGUAUUUGUGUGUAUCUAUGUUUAUAUGUAUUGCACAAUAUUUAAUUUUCGUUCAAAGUAAUAAAGCCUUAAGGCACACACAGAAAUCAAAUUCAAAUGUGUUUAUUAUUAUUUGGGUACAAUUGACGUCAUCGAUUUUUUGGAACAGCCAGAAUUGCUACAGAAAUUAUACGUAGCCAUAAUACAAGAACUGGUUGACGUUUUAAGGUGACAGAGAGUGAUUUUGUAUGUAUGAGAGCAAACUUUGAAUUUCAAAUUUUGUGAUAUUUUGUGAUUUCAUGACCUGCAUAAGUUUUGCACUCAAACGAAUUUUGUAUGUAAAUAUAUAGAUAUGUAUGUAUGAAUUUGAAAAAAGUACUUAAAAAAAUAAUUUGUGAGUAGGUUUCAGCGAUUGAUGUUGACUAUGCAAAUUUUAGUUUAUCUUUGAAACAGUUGUAUCUAAUUUAUGCAUAAUAUGAUCUUAGCGAUCAGCAAAUAUAAAAUUUCUAAAUAUCUGUUACUCCAAGGUUUUACUCCAGAUGCACUCACUUAAAAUAUGACAAUACUAUUUUAUAAUGAGAUAAAAGCAAAAAAAAUACUAGAAAACUUUUAUGAGAGGGCCGAAAUCCUCCAACAAACCGCACCAACCGAAAUAAAAUAACGAUAUAUAUACGAAUUUUUAAUUGUUCAAAGUUAUAAAUUUGUUUUAUUAUGCAAUAAACAUUCUUCAUUUUAUUUUCAUAACAUUAAAAUGCUUUCAUAUAAAUAUCCGAUUUAACUGUUAAUUAUAUAAAUACAUAUUUUAUUUUUAACAUAAAAAUUAGGAGCGAAAGUUCAUUAAUUUAGCCUACUAUUUACAAAUAAACCCAAUUGAAAUUAUGCGAAAUCACAUCGUUGAAAUAGAAAUUCUGAUAUAAUUGGUUGCAGUUUAAGCGGCGUGACACUUUUAAAAUAAACAAACAGGUUUCGUGUACGCGUAAAAAUAUCUUUGAGCGUUUAGUUAGUUUAGUGUGAUACAGCUUUUAGAGUUUACAGCUAACUUUACAAAUAUUGUGUACAAAACUAUAUUGAUUUAUAAUUU